CGCGUGCACAACUCCUUGCGGCGCUCGCGAAUACUGAACACAUUCCACACAUGCCAGUCGGAACGUGAGUGUCCAUCUGGUUACGUAAUUGGACUAUUCACCAUUGAUUGUUACUAUCACACAAUUAUCACACUACCCACAGUCGCUCUUGCUAAAAAAGAUGGGAACUGAACACUAAACAGUGCUUACAGAACAGCUUAGUAAUAACAUAAAACAGAGACAAGAAGAGUUUUAUUGUGUUGUGACUCGGUGUUGUGUGUGUUGGUGGCAAGUCAAGUAGGUGUCGCGUGUGGUCGGCGACGGAGGCUGUGGCGGGGAGUAAAAUGGACAAUGACCAACGCCUCUACAAAUAUCGGACCUCUCUCCCAGUGGCCCAAUUCAGCCGAGGCGACUUCUCCCUCUGGUCGGUCCUGAAGAAUUGUGUGGGCAAGGAGCUCUCGAAAAUCACGAUGCCUGUCGUAUUCAAUGAACCGUUGUCCUUCCUUCAGCGCAUGCUGGAGUACUUGGAGUAUGCUCAUCUCCUAAGAAUGGCGUCUGAGCAAACAGACCCGGUUGCGAGGAUGGAGUACAUCGCUGCUUUCGCAGUCAGCGCUCUCGCAUCGAACUGGGAACGCCUUGGGAAACCAUUCAACCCUCUUCUCGGCGAGACCUAUGAACUUGAGCGCCCGGAAUUUAGAGCUGUUUGUGAACAGGUAUCACACCACCCUCCAGUCUCUGCCUUCCAUGCCGAUAGUCCUCACUUUGUCUUCCACGGCUCCGUGCAUCCAAAGCUGAAGUUCUGCGGCAAGAGUGUCGAGAUUCAGCCCAAAGGACACGUCACUGUGGAGUUACCCAGGUGGGGCGAAGCGUACACCUGGAGCAACGUGAACUGUUGUGUGCACAACGUAAUCGUGGGCAAGCUGUGGAUCGAACAGUAUGGUGCCAUGGAGGUGACAUGCCACGGUGGCGCGGGACUCAAAGCCAGCCUCGCGUUCAAACCUGCGGGCUUCAAUAAUCGAGACCUGCACAGAGUUGACGGAUUUAUUCUAGAUCAAAGCAAAAAACGCUUGCGCUUCCUCUACGGCAAGUGGACAGAGUACAUCAAGUGUUGCAGCGCGGCCGCACACGACCAGUGGGCGAAGGAACGCGGGGAAGAGUCCGGGACACAACAGACUCCCUCGCAUACCCCCAAGAAGGUGCUCGCUAAGCUCAACAGCUUCAAGGUUGGAGCGUUGCGAUCCAUGUCUAUACAGGAUAACGAUGAGCCAGAAAAUUCCGAAGAGGUCCCAAAGCCUGAUGAUUCAUUUAACAUCGACAUUCCAGGCUCAGUAACGCUUUGGGAAGCCCGUCCAAGACCCAGCAAUAGUGCACAGUACUACCAAUUCACCGAAUUUGCCAUGUCUCUCAAUGAGUUGGAGAGGGACAUGAAGGGUCAGCUCUGUCCAACGGACAGUCGCCUUCGACCAGACAUCCGUCUGCUGGAGCAGGGGGACAUUGAUGGCGCAGCUGCCGAGAAGACCAGGCUCGAGGAGAAGCAGCGAAGCGCAAGGAAGUUGUUUAAGAAGAGCGUGGACGGUUUUCAACCAAGGUGGUUCAGUCAAGGCACAAACCCAUACACGAAGCUAGAGGACUGGCUCUACAACGGUGGCUAUUGGGAUCGCAACUAUGAGCAUUUGAAAGACAUCGAUAUAUUUUAAUGCUUCCAUGCUAUAUGUGUGUCUUCUAUCUACGACGCUGUUGUGUUAGAAGAACUAUAUUUUUAUUAUAUUUAGCUCCAAUACGGUGCUUAAUUUGGCUGUCCACAAAUCCUAAAACUACGAAUUGUGUAACUUUUCUGUCAGUUUUGGAACCGGGGCUGAUCUUAGUCGUAGAACGACAACGACCAUGUGACAUUGAGACAUGGCAAAAUACUAGGCAUAAGGAAUUGAUAUCUGGACAAUUUUUUGUCACUUUGUUUUGGUCUGCAAUUAAUAAACGCCAUUUUGGCGCUGUAACUUGUGAAGCUGUCACUCUAGUCCAAGGAAAUACACUAAGAAUUACUAAAAAAAACUAAAAUAUUAGUUCCAGAGUAUAGAAGUAUUAUGUCAUAUUUAGAGUUUCCAAUAUUUGUAUACGGGAAUAAUAGGGGCUAGUUUUUAAAGAAAUGCUAUCCCGUUUCGGCAUGCUAAGCAGCUGGGCUGAAAUUGGAUGGAUUGAGUGGGGACGAGAAAAUAGUUAACCUUAAAAGUUUACUAUCUUAUGACAGAGAGACCAAUAUAGUAAAUUUUUCCAUCUUUUUCUAUUGCUUUGAGUGUCGAGCUCAGAAAAUAAAGUGGU